GGAGGGCGGGGCCGCCGGGUAGCCGGGCUGAGGCUGCCGCGAGCCGGUCGUGAAGCGGCGGGCGAGGAGGGAAGAAGGUGAGAGGGGUCGCUGAGGGUGCUGCCCGGCAGAUGGAGCGGGGGAAGAUGGCGGAGGCGGAGAGCCUGGAGACGGCGGCGGAGCACGAGCGGAUCCUGCGCGAAAUCGAGAGCACCGACACGGCCUGCAUCGGGCCCACGCUCAGGUCUGUUUAUGAUGGUGAGGAACAUGGACGAUUCAUGGAAAAGCUUGAAACUCGCAUCCGCAACCAUGACCGAGAAAUUGAGAAAAUGUGCAACUUUCAUUACCAGGGCUUUGUGGACUCCAUAACUGAACUACUGAAAGUGAGAGGAGAAGCCCAGAAACUCAAAAAUCAAGUGACGGAUACAAAUAGAAAACUACAGCAUGAGGGGAAGGAACUGGUAACAGCAAUGGAAGAGCUGAAGCAGUGUCGACUACAACAAAGAAAUAUUUCUGCUACUGUUGAUAAAUUAAUGCUGUGUCUUCCAGUCCUGGAAAUGUACAGCAAACUGAGGGACCAGAUGAAAACAAAAAGACAUUAUCCAGCACUGAAAACCCUGGAGCACCUAGAGCACACCUACCUGCCUCAAGUGAGCCAUUACCGCUUUUGCAAGGUGAUGGUGGACAACAUCCCCAAGCUUCGGGAGGAGAUUAAGGAUGUGUCCAUGUCUGAUCUCAAAGACUUUCUGGAGAGCAUUCGCAAACACUCCGACAAAAUUGGAGAGACGGCCAUGAAGCAAGCCCAACAACAAAGAAACCUGGAUAACAUUAUCUUGCAACAACCCAGAAUAGGCAGCAAGAGAAAGUCAAAGAAAGAUGCAUAUACCAUCUUUGACACAGAGAUCGAAAGCACAAGUCCCAAGUCUGAACAGGACUCAGGAAUUCUGGAUGUUGAAGAUGAGGAGGAUGAUGAAGAGGUACCUGGGGCCCAGGAUUUGGUGGACUUUUCUCCUGUUUAUCGAUGUCUUCACAUAUAUUCUGUGCUGGGUGCCCGGGAAACAUUUGAGAACUACUACAGGAAACAGAGACGAAAACAAGCCCGCUUGGUUCUGCAGCCUCCAUCCAACAUGCAUGAAACUUUAGAAGGCUACAGGAAGUAUUUUAAUCAAAUUGUAGGCUUUUUUGUGGUUGAAGAUCACAUUUUACAUACAACCCAAGGCUUGGUAAAUAGAGCGUAUAUUGAUGAACUAUGGGAAAUGGCACUUUCAAAAACCAUCGCUGCACUUCGUACUCACUCGUCUUACUGCUCUGACCCAAACCUCGUGUUAGAUUUGAAGAAUCUCAUAGUGCUUUUUGCUGACACACUUCAGGUGUACGGUUUUCCUGUAAACCAGCUUUUUGACAUGCUUUUAGAAAUCAGAGACCAGUAUAGUGAAACUCUACUAAAGAAAUGGGCAGGUAUUUUCAGGAACAUACUUGAUUCUGACAACUAUAGUCCUAUUCCAGUUUCAAGUGAAGAGGUCUAUAAAAAAGUGGUAGGACAAUUUCCAUUCCAAGAUACAGAGCUGGAAAAGCAACCAUUUCCAAAAAAGUUUCCUUUCUCUGAAUUCGUGCCAAAAGUUUACAACCAAAUUAAAGAAUUUAUCUAUGCCUGUCUGAAAUUUUCAGAAGAUCUUCACCUAAGUUCUACGGAAGUUGAUGACAUGAUUCGUAAAUCAACAAACCUGUUACUGACCAGGACUCUGAGCAACUCUCUGUUGAACGUCAUUAAAAGGAAGAAUAUUGGACUUGCUGAGCUUGUUCAGAUUAUCAUCAACACAACUCACUUAGAGAAGUCCUGUAAAUACUUGGAAGAGUUCAUUACCAACAUCACUAAUGUGCUUCCAGAGACAGUCCACACCACCAAGCUCUAUGGGACGACAACCUUCAAGGAUGCUAGGCAUGCAGCUGAGGAAGAGAUUUAUACCAACCUAAACCAGAAGAUCGACCAGUUUCUGCAGCUGGCUGACUAUGACUGGAUGGCAGGAGAUUUGGGCAGCAAAGCCAGUGACUACCUGAUCGACCUCAUUGCCUUCCUCCGUAGCACCUUUACUGUCUUCACACACCUUCCUGGAAAGGUGGCCCAGACAGCGUGUAUGUCAGCUUGUAAGCAUUUAGCCACAUCCUUGAUGCAACUUUUACUGGAAGCUGAAGUCAGACAGCUCACUUUGGGAGCAUUGCAGCAGUUCAACCUGGACGUCAGAGAAUGUGAACAGUUUGCCAGAUCCGGCCCGGUGCCUGGGUUCCAGGAGGACACGCUGCAGUUGGCCUUCAUCGACUUGAGACAACUUUUGGACCUCUUCAUCCAGUGGGAUUGGUCAACCUACCUUGCUGACUAUGGUCAGCCCAACUGCAGAUACCUCCGGGUAAACCCAGUGACAGCUCUGACUUUGCUUGAGAAGAUGAAGGACACUAGCCGCAAGAACAACAUGUUUGCACAGUUUCGGAAGAAUGAGCGUGACAAGCAGAAGCUGAUUGACACUGUGGCCAAGCAGCUCCGGGGACUCAUCAGCAGCCAGCACUCCUGAAGGCGGGUCUCCGGCUCACA